CCGUUUCCCCGGUGUGAGUGCCCUCUCCACCGGCUCCUGUGGCAGGCAGGCUUCGCUCAGCCCCAGCUGUGUCCGCUGAGCCUUCCUUCCGAUGCUCCUGCUCUCGGACUGAGCCCUCACGCUUCCAGGUGGUAAAAUCAAGAAGUUAUCCAUAAUGGAUGCAGGUGGUGAUUUUACCCUUUUGGCUGAUGAAAAAUUUGAUUUUGAUACAUCACUGUCUCCUACCAGUGCUACAGAAGGCAAUGAGGACUGUGACGAUGAAGUGUUUAUUGGGCCAGUUGGACAUAAAGAGAAAUGUGUUAGUGCAUCAUUAAAGAGUCAGAAGUCUGAGGAAAGCUCUGCUCCUCUGAAUGCUGACCAGGUGGUUUGGAGUCCCUUGAGUGGUGAUAAAUUUGUUGAAAUUUUUAAGGAGGCCCAUUUACUUGCCCUACAACUGGAAUGUUUUGCCGGUGAUGACCAAAAGAAAGCAGAACCUGAACAGACAGAGCCAAAUCCAGCUGUGGAGAAAUUUGUGCAGGAGUCAAAGACAAAACUGAAUCUUCUUGAUGCAUUUAAUGCGGUUAAUAAAACUCCCGUCGCCAUAAAAAGAGAGACUUAUUGUAUACAGGAUAGCCCAUUCCACCAGCUUCCCCCCUCAGUUCAGCAAAGACUUACCGGACAAAACAGAAAACCUGAAAAUUCAGUCAGAGCAGAAUCGCAGAAUCUCACUAGCCCCUUGAAGGCACCAAAACUGGUGAAAGGCCACUCAUCGUCCCCACUUGCACAGAAGACUAAAGCUCCUCAAAUAAAAAGUGGUGGUGGUCCAUUGCCAAAUGGUGGUAAACCUGUGAGCAAACUUCAACCGAUGAAGGCGCCUGCUGUACAUGCCAAAAACAACCGUUUAGCUGUUGAGAAGCCCAAAGCCAUCAAGAAAACCAGCCCAACUAGAAGGAAAAAUCUGAGCCGUAUAGGUUCCACUGAGGACUUGCUUUCUGAUAAAUCUAGCAUUGCAUCUGAUGUCAGUGAUUCUUCCUUCAAUAUCGGCAUUGUAGGAACAAGCAAAAGGACCUUACCUGUGCCAAACAAGCUUGGGUUAAACAAAGCACAGUUCAAAACCCCAUCAGCUACAUCCGGUUUUCUGAGGAGGACCACCACCACCUCCUCCUCCUCCUCAUCAUCUCACUCCAGCAUGAAUGCUAGUCUGAACUCCAGCUUGUCCUCUUCACCUGCAGCUAAUGCCAAAAUAACUUCAUCUCUUAACACCAACCUGAACACAUCAGUCACCAGUUCAAGACUAAAGCCAUGCACAAACCGGCUUGCACUUGUUCGCCCUCUUGGUGGUGUAGGUUCAUCUUUUAAGAACACCACUGAUCUAUCUAAUGGUCAGCCCAAACCCAGUACAGCAGCAAAACCAGCUGGUAAUAAAUCUGCUUCCAUGUCUGUUUCCCAACCCCGAACACCAACUGGCAAAAUUCUGAGGCAAACGUCUGCACCUAAUUUACAAAGAUUGCCUCCUCCAACUAAAGUGGAAAGUGCUGUAAAAGGAACAAGUGCAAAACCCCAGGCGAGGGUGAUGCCUACUCCAACAAAUAGGCUGAAACUUCCACAAAAGCAGGAUGGUCUGUCACCUGAUCGGGCUGUUGGAAAGUCCAUUAAGCCAACGCGGUUAAUGUCUUGUGGAGAAAUUGGAAGCAUAAUUGCUCAAAGCACACCACUGGGAACCACAAAAGGAAUGACAGCCAAUUCUAAUACAGCAUUAAGGAGUAUAUCUGCUACUCCCAACUCAAAGCAUGUGUCUGCUCUGCCAACCCCUAUCAGCCGCAGAACAUCUGGAAUUGUCACACCAAGAACUAUCCCAAGAACCGUUUCUUCUCUCCGACCCACACCAGCUGUCCAAGCAUCCACAAAGCCUGCUAAAAUGUCACCUGUUUGGUCUGCAGAACAAGAACAGAUUAGGACUACAGCUGCCAAGAGUCUAUGUUCACCUAUUGUGGAAGACCAUGCUGCUUCUACGACAGUCUGCUGCUCUUUGAACUUCUCUCCAGAAAACAAACCUGUCUCCAUGGCACGAAGUGAGGAGAAACAGUUAGCGAUGGAGAAACCAUCAGAGGUUUUGUUGAUUGACAUUGAUGUGAAUAAAACUGAUACAAAAGUAAGGAAGCAAUCAUCCAUUGAUACGGAAAAUCAACCUCUUAUUGACCUAUCAAACACCCCUGAAUUUAACAGAAGGCUUGUUCCAGUCAAGUCGGCUCAUGUUGGCCAGUUGAUUGAUCUGAGUUCUCCUCUUAUUAAGCUGAGCCCUGAAGGGAACAAAGAAAACUUUGAUUAUGAUUCUCCACUCCUGAAGUUUUAAUACUAGAGUCUGGACUGAACAUAAAGAAUACAUUUAAUUUGUCCCAAAAUGCACAAAGUGGAACUUUGCUCAGAAAGCUCUGGCUGCCUUAUGGCGUUCUUAAGUUCUCCUGAUGGAUGCUGGCAAUGCAGGAAACAAAGCUCUCUGGCCGUUUACUGGGAACUAGAUGUCCUCUUAUAGAUGUAAUCUUUACUACAAGUUGGGGUGUUUUUGUAAUAUAUGGUCGGGUAGUGAAAUGAAUGAUUCUUACCCAUAUCUUGGCAGCUGCUGCCCACCAUCCUGUAUGACUUGAGCUCAGCCCAUACAUGCCUGCCUUGGGUAGAUUUGGGGAACACUGUGUGGAGCUGGCCAAACAUGGUAUACAGGUGGAAGCAUGUACUUACAGAGCCGCGACCAAAGAAGGGAGAAGCAGAGGCUGAAAGGCAUGGCAUUUUAAAUGUAUCAGUAAUCUUUCCUUACAGCAGCAGUUACAUUGGAAAAAAAUACAAAAAGAAAUUACAUAGAAUAACCCAGGACAACAUUAACAAAAUGAUGGCAUAAGUUUUAGUUACUAUUAAGUGUACUACUGUGUCUCCUAGAUGCAUUGGUCGCUUGCUGAUAAAUCCCUUUAAACAAGACUGGCCAGUAGGCUAAUGUUUACAUUUCACCUGAAGUAACUAGGGUGGAGAAUAUCUUACCUCUGCAUUGUGCCAUUCCUCUGUUAUUCCUGCUGUAAAUGAAUGUAGAAUUGUCAGUGGGAUGUGUGCCUGCACCAUCAGCAGUGAUUGGACAGUAUCCGAGUCAAGGCGAAGAGCAGCACCCAGUUUUCAGUUUAUUCAUAGAUUUCCAGGGAUAUCAGAUAAACAGCACAUUGCAAAG